AGUACACUGUCGGAUACACCCGGCGCAGUCUGUAUAUAUAUCUCUCGUGUACAUUGAAAACAUCUCCACUUCCACUCCACAUCGGUUUGUCCCUGUUUGGUAGCGAGCUCGCGCUCACAGAUUCAGUGGACAUGAAGCUGUUGUUGGUUUCCCUGCUCAUCUGUCUUAUCUUUGCUCUAGCGAUCUGCAACAACGCUCCGGUCUUCCGCAGUCGAAGAUUCCUCAUAGUGCGUGAGGACACCAAGAUUGGCACUGUCAUAGGGAAGCUGACAGCGGUAGACCCGGAUGGACCCGAGAACCUGGUAUUGAACAUCACCGACGAUGCUACUGCGGAGCUAGUGAUGCUGGGCCCGAUGAUGACCGACGUGCCGAUCCAUAGCAGCACCGCCGACAUCAUCCUAAACACCACACUCGACAGGGACUACGAACCCUCAUCACGGAAACUGGUAUUCGAGGCAACGGAUGGAGAAACUACGACCACAGUGACAGUCACACUCAACAUCGAUGAUGUCAACGACAACGCUCCUCAGUUCACGCAGACGUCGUACAGUGCCAAGAUAGCCUCGACCGUACCUGUAGGCACCGUCGUCCUUAUUGCAACGGCAGUGGAUCCAGACAUGGCGUACGGCGGCACCGUACAAUACACUGUUGUCACCAAGGACCUGUUUGCCUUUCAAGCCUUCGAUGUGAAUCUCUACACCGGUCUGAUAGCUGUCAAAAUGCCAUUAGUCACCCAGAAAGGACGCGAUCUUCACAUGAAGGUCAUUGCGACAGACGGCGGCGGACUGCAGACCUCGGUUGACGUCACAAUCACCGUCACGUGACUCCCUUCAACAUCCGUCUGUACGCGGUGUCCCAUCAUCCCCCAAAGUAACUGCAUCCAGCAUUCAGGUGUAGUCGUCGCGCAUCCAGCAGAAUGACUUUGUGAACACAAUAAAGCAAAUAGUCACCUAA